UCACGUGACAGCAACAGCGUCUCCAACGUAAACACUACUAGGUGGUCUUCCCACAUAUCGCCUGCUCUGUCAAAAAUGGAAUUUAGAAGAGCGAAUGAUUUAGUUCAUAUAGCUAGUAUAUUACAUUUUGUUUGAGUACUAACUUGCUAACUAUACACCCAGCUAACUUAAAUUGUGCUUGUCUAGUUAGGUUGUAGCGUAGCCAGCUAGCUAGCUCUAACUGGUUAUCUGAUUAAGCAUGGACCAAUACAGCAUCUUGGAGAGAAUAGGUGAAGGAGCCCAUGGCAUUGUCUUUAAAGCUAAACACAUCGAGACAGGAGAAACGGUGGCUCUAAAGAAGGUCGCCCUGAGAAAGCUGGAAGAUGGGAUACCAAACCAAGCCCUCAGAGAGAUAAAGGCUCUACAGGAAAUUGAAGAUAAUCAAUAUGUGGUGAAGCUGAAGGACGUGUUCCCACAUGGUAUAGGCUUUGUGCUGGUGUUUGAAUACAUGCUGUCUGAUCUCUCUGAGGUCAUCAGGAAUUCUCAAAGGCCUCUAACUGAGUCCCAGGUCAAAGGUUACAUGAUGAUGCUACUGAAGGGUGUGGCCUUCUGCCAUGAAAACUCCAUAAUGCACCGGGACUUGAAACCAGCCAACCUGCUCAUCAGCUCCACAGGUCACCUAAAGAUCGCUGACUUUGGUCUGGCCAGGCUCUUCUCCAAUGACGGGGAGCGACUGUACAGCCACCAGGUGGCCACAAGGUGGUAUCGAGCCCCAGAGCUUCUUUAUGGGGCUCGGAAAUAUAAUGAAGGUGUAGACCUGUGGGCAGUGGGGUGUAUCUUUGGGGAACUGCUAAACAACUCUCCCCUGUUCCCUGGAGAGAACGACAUUGAGCAGCUCUGCUGUGUCCUAAGGGUUCUGGGGACACCCAACCAGAGAGUCUGGCCGGAGAUCACAGAACUGCCUGACUACAACAAGAUCACGUUCAAAGAGAAUCCUCCCAUCCCUCUGGAAGAGAUUGUUCCAGACACCUCUGCCCAGGCUGUCGACCUGCUCAACAAGUUCCUUGUCUACCCCUCUAAACAACGCAUCAGCGCCCAACAGGCCCUCCUCCACCCCUACUUUUUUACAGACCCCCUGCCGGCUCACCACUCGGAGCUCCCCAUUCCCCAGCGCGGGGGGAAACAUUCCCGCCAACGCCUGCAGCCCCCCGUUGAGUUCACAGUGGACCUGCCCCUGCAGGAGAGCCUUGUGGACCCUUCACUAAUACAGGGCCAUGCAUGGUGUCUGUGAUCCAUCCUCUGGCCUCCAACUCACUCCUCUUGUCUCAUAUCUAUCUAUUUCAUCCAUCUCACCUUUUCAUGGUGAUGUCAACAAUGUGGUUUAUUUGUUAAACUACUGAAUUGAAAGACCAUGGCCCUAGGUAUUAUGGUGGAUUUGAGGGUUUAUGGUCUGUUUCUGCUCACAGAGUUAACGUUGUCAUAGUUAUGCAUGUAAAUACUUAGUGUUGUGAAUAAUAUUUAUCCAUGUAUUUUUAUUUAA